CUCUUGAGCAAGCAAAGAUCCCCUUUAUAUUCUUCAUUCCUCUGGGGUGCUGCACAACGAAACUCACAGAAGAAAGAAGAAAAAGAAGCGAAACUAAAGUCAGCAUUCGAAAAAGAUGAGUAGCAUCGGUACAGGUUACGAUCUAUCGGUCACCACUUUCUCCCCUGAUGGCCGCGUUUUCCAGAUCGAGUAUGCCGCUAAAGCCGUCGACAACAGCGGGACUGUUAUUGGGAUCAAGUGCAAAGAUGGGGUUGUGUUGGGCGUUGAGAAGCUUAUUCCGUCGAAAAUGAUGCUUCCGGGUUCCAAUAGAAGAAUACACUCCGUUCAUCGUCACUCUGGGAUGGCUGUAGCAGGAUUAGCAGCUGAUGGCAGACAAAUUGUUGCCAGGGCUAAGUCUGAAGCUACUAACUAUGACAGCGUAUAUGGCGAACCAAUUCCUGUUAAGGAACUUGCUGACCGUGUGGCUAGUUAUGUGCACCUCUGUACGCUAUAUUGGUGGCUCAGACCUUUUGGAUGUGGUGUCAUACUAGGAGGUUAUGACAGGGAUGGACCACAGUUGUACAUGGUUGAACCUUCCGGUGUUUCCUAUAGAUAUUUCGGUGCUGCAAUUGGGAAGGGCAGGCAGGCUGCUAAAACAGAGAUUGAAAAGUUAAAGCUUGCUGAUAUGACAUGUCGACAAGGGGUUAUUGAAGUGGCUAAAAUUAUAUAUGGAGUUCAUGAUGAGGCAAAGGACAAAGAUUUUGAGCUAGAAAUGAGCUGGGUGUGUGAUGAGUCAAACCGCCAACAUGAGAAGGUCCCGGAUGAGCUUCUAGAAGAAGCAAAGGCAGCUGCCAAAGCAGCUCUUGAAGAAAUGGAUGCAGAUUAAUAGACUAGAAAUGUUUAUUUCAAAGUUGCAUUUCAUAACUUGUAAUUGAGCAUUUGGAACAUCUAUAGGAAAUACAAGGCUUCGAUAGUCGGAUUUUGUAUGCUUCUUGAUGAAUUAAUGCCCUUGUUGAUUUCCUGUUACUGGGAGAAUUGUUUUGAAGUUCUUUAGAUUCUGACCUUUAUUGAUUUGUGUUGAAUUCUCUGUCAAAUCCUUUAUGCUAAUGUGCACAUCAUUGAGUUUCCUUUA